AUGUGGCGGGCUGUACACAGCUGGCUACGGGUUCUUGUGCAUUGGCGGGUGGCGCUCUGGUCACAUAACUUAGCCAGGACUUGGGGUGACUGUCGGAAGGCGAUGGCCGAGGCAGUGUCUGCCGAGGCCGAGGCUGCGGGCGGGCUGAAGGCUCUGGUUCAGCAAAAUGGAGACGCUGGUAGCGAAUCGAGCGGAGAUGCGCGCCUGGAGCAGGCGGCGGUAGGAGAACAGGUCCCGGGAAGCGGGGAGCAGGCCCAGGGAAGCGAAGAGCUGGUCCCGGGGGACGGAGAACAGGCUCCAGCUCCAACUCCAGUCGCCGAGUCAAGCAAGAGGAAGAAGAGGCGAGGCGCCACUGGGGACCGGGUCGUGCCGCCCCCGAAGAAACGGCGGACUGGGGUCAGCUUUGGUGAUGAGCACUUUGCAGAGACCACCUACUACUUUGAGGGCGGCCUGCGCAAGGUGCGGCCCUAUUACUUUGACUUCCAGACCUACUGUAAAGGUCGCUGGGUGGGCCGCAGCUUGUUGCACGUCUUCAGCACCGAGUUUCGAUCCCAGCCACUGGCCUACUACGAGGCUGCUGUCCGGGCGGGACGCCUGCAUCUCAACGAGGAACCAGUUCAGGACCUCAACAUCGUGCUCAAGGACAAUGAUUUCUUGCGGAACACAGUGCACAGGCACGAGCCGCCGGUCACAGCAGAGCCUGUCCGUCUGCUAGCUGAGAACGAACAUGUGGUCGUUAUAGACAAGCCGUCCUCCAUUCCUGUCCACCCCUGUGGCCGCUUCCGACACAACACGGUCAUCUUCAUCUUAGGCAAGGAGCACCAACUGAAGGGGCUACACCCGCUGCAUCGGCUCGAUCGCCUUACCUCAGGAGUGCUCAUGUUCGCCAAGACAGCUGCGGUCUCCGAGAGGAUUCAUGAGCAGGUUCGGGAUCGGCAGCUGGAGAAGGAAUAUGUAUGCCGGGUGGAAGGGGAGUUCCCGGACAAGGAGGUGAUUUGCAAGGAACCCAUCUUAGUGGUAUCUUACAAGGUAGGGGUGUGCCGUGUGGAUCCCCAGGGCAAGCCCUGUGAGACUGUGUUCCAGAGGCUGAGCUACAAUGGCCACUCCAGUGUGGUCCAGUGCCGACCACUUACAGGCCGCACUCACCAGAUACGUGUCCACCUCCAGUUCUUGGGCCACCCCAUUCUCAACGACCCCAUCUACAAUUCAACUGCCUGGGGUCCUUCUCGAGGCCAGGGUGGCCACAUUCCAAAAACAGACGAGGAACUGCUCCGGGACCUAGUUGCAGAACAUCAGGCCAAAGAAAGCCUGAAUAUGCUCAGUCUCUGUGACGGUGACCUGGCCCCAGGACUCGUGAACUCUACAGCUUGCUCCUCAGAGUUAGGCAAGGACAGCCUAGAAGAGUUGACUACAGCAUCCCGGAAGCUAGAUGGAGCAGCUGAUGCAGCCUCUCAGCACCUGGGCACAGCAGAGAAGGCAAUUAAAGCAGAUGUUACAACUCAAGAAACAGACCCACUUUGUGCAGAGUGCCGGCUAUUGAGACAGGAUCCCUUGCCCCAGGAUCUUGUGAUGUUCCUGCAUGCCCUCCGCUAUAAAGGACCAGACUUUGAGUAUGUCUCGCCCAUGCCAGCCUGGGCACAGGCUGACUGGCAAGAAGGCUGAGGGACAUGGCCAUUGGAAGAAUGGCUUCUUGGGUUGGAACAAGGGUGGGCCUCAGGCUGGGACUGACCCCAUCUGUUAAUGCUCAGGGUUUGGGGAGGGGUGAGGUUUCACUGUAAGGAACCCACUUGUACUUGCUACCUCCUUCCUUCUAGCUUGUUUGGGGCUUUCAGAUCGGUAAAUAUAUCAUUUUUUUCUAAUGCCUUGUCCGUCUGUUUUCUUACAAUCCCUCCCUGCUUCACCCAGAGCUUACUAUCG